GGGGAGGGCGCGCAAGCGAGCCAACGGGUGUGAUGCGCUCGCUCCCUCUGUCGCUGCCGCUUCAGGAGAGAAGGCGCUUAUUCAGCUGCUGGAUGAGGAACGGAGCGGAGGGAACAAUGAGCAGACACCGGGGAUGAGUGAAUGAAUGAGCGUAUCCCGACCCGGGCUUCUUCCACAGUAGAGAAUCGGAUUUGGACGUUGCUCCGAGCGGCCUCGACAGCAGAAGUCUGUAGAACCCAUUAAAGGCCCGACCGCCUCGGCAGAAAUGGCUCUGGCGGCCAUGUCUGUGCAUCCAUCCCCUCUUCCUUCCCGCCUCCUCCUCUGCCUCCUAUCGGCCUUCCUCCUCCUGUCGUGUCCUGGAUCGGUGCAUGCGGGUUCAUCUGAGAGUAACUGCUCAGCGAGUGGAGACCCCUGUCAGGAAGGUGUGGUGCUGCCGGUGUGGAACCCUCAGAACCCCUCUGUAGGUGACAAAGUGGCACGGGCCAUAGUUUACUUCGUAGCCCUGAUCUAUAUGUUCCUUGGCAUGAGCAUAAUAGCAGACCGAUUCAUGUCUUCUAUAGAGGUCAUCACCUCCCAGGAGAAGGAAAUCACUAUAAAGCGGCCGAAUGGCGAGACCACCACGGCCACGGUCAGGAUCUGGAAUGAGACCGUUUCUAAUCUCACUUUAAUGGCCUUGGGCUCGAGCGCCCCGGAGAUCCUGCUGUCAGUUAUUGAGGUUUGUGGCCACGGUUUUGAGGCGGGCUCUCUUGGUCCCAGCACCAUCGUGGGCAGCGCUGCCUUCAACAUGUUCGUCAUCAUCGCCCUGUGUGUUUACGUGGUUCCCGAUGGAGAGACGCGCAAGAUCAAACACCUUCGGGUGUUCUUCGUCACAGCAGCCUGGAGUAUCUUUGCCUACAUCUGGCUUUAUCUGAUCCUGAGUGUCUUUUCCCCCGGAGAGGUGGAGGUUUGGGAGGCUGUGCUGACUUUCCUCUUCUUCCCGCUGUGCGUGGUCCAGGCCUGGGUGGCCGACCGCCGCCUCCUCUUCUACAAAUACGUACGCAAGCGCUACCGCGCCGACAAACGCCGCAACAUCAUCAUCGAAACCGAGGGAGGGGCGGACGCAGGAAUGGCCGUCGCUGGAGGAGGAGGACUGGGCCCGGGGGGGUUCACCAAGAUGGACAUGCUGGAGCUGGAUGGACAAGUGGCGUUGAACAGUCACAGCGGGAUGGACGGAGGGAUUUUCGAGGAGGGCGGAGCGAAAGACGAGGAGGACGAAGCCAGAAGGGACAUGGCGAGGACGCUGAAGGACCUCAAGCAAAGGCACCCAGACAAAGACAUGGAGCAGCUGAUUGAGAUGGCAAAUUAUCAGGUCCUGAUGCAGCAGCAGAAGAGCAGAGCGUUCUACCGUAUCCAGGCAACCAGGAUGAUGAUCGGAGCCGGCAACAUCCUCAAGAAGCAUGCUGCCGACCAGGCUCGCAAAGUGGUCAGCAGCAAUGAGACCCAGGCCCCGGAGGACGACCCUCACACCAUCCGGAUGGAGUUUGAACCCGCUUUGUACCAGUGCUUUGAAAACUGUGGCUCCCUGAAACUGACCGUGGCCAGACGCGGAGGAGACCCCGGAGUCACUGUCAAGGUGGAUUAUCGCACAGAGGACGGUACGGCAAACGCAGGUUCGGAUUAUGAGUUUGCGGAGGGAACACUGCUGUUUAAACCAGGAAGAGACCCUCAAAGAGAUCACAGUGGAGUGAUUGACGACGACAUCUUCGAGGAGGAUGAGUACUUCUACGUCCAUCUCAGUAACCCUCGAGUGGUCGGUUAUCCCGAGAUGGGCGCCGCCCCGCUGGAUGCCAGUGCCACCCCCAAAGCCGUGAUGGGCGACAACCACACAGCAACAGUGACCAUCUACGAUGACGACCACGCAGGCAUCUUCACCUUUGAGAACGCCAGUCAGAAGGUGAACGAGAGCGUGGGGGUGAUGGAGUUGAAAGUGCUCAGGACCUCGGGGGCCCGGGGCCUGGUGGCCGUACCUUACCACACCGUGGACGGCACCGCCAGAGCCGGGGAGGACUACGAGCUGUCCGCUGGCAAGCUGGAGUUCCAGAACGACGAGACCAUGAAGAUCAUCAAGGUGAAGAUAAUUGACGAUGAGGAGUAUGAGAAGAACAAGACCUUCACCAUCGAGCUGGGAGAGCCUGUGCUGUUGGAGAUAGGACAGAAACAUGGGGACUCCAAUGAGAACAAGCCGUUGGUGGGAGCAGAGGAGGAGGAGGUGGCCAAGAUGGGCUGUCCAAGCUUGGGCGAACACACCCAAGUCGAAGUGAUCAUAGAGGAGUCCUACGAGUUCAAGAGUACAGUAGAUAAGCUGAUCAAGAAGACCAACCUGGCCUUGGUGGUGGGAAGCAGCAGCUGGAGGGAACAGUUUGUCAAUGCUGUAACUGUCAGUGCAGGAGAUGACGACGAGGAGGAGAGCGGCGAGGAGCGGCUGCCGUCCUGCUUCGACUACAUCAUGCACUUCCUCACCGUCUUCUGGAAGGUCCUGUUCGCCUUUGUCCCGCCCACGGAGUACUGGAACGGCUGGGCCUGCUUCAUAGUCUCCAUAUCGCUGAUCGGCGUGCUGACGGCGGUCACCGGCGACCUGGCGUCGCACUUCGGCUGCACGAUAGGACUGAAGGACUCGGUGACGGCCGUGGUGUUUGUGGCGCUGGGAACAUCAGUGCCAGACACAUUCGCCAGCAAGGUUGCCGCCAUCCAGGACCAGUACGCCGACGCCUCCAUCGGCAACGUCACCGGCUCCAACGCCGUCAACGUCUUCCUCGGCAUAGGCGUGGCGUGGACCAUGGCGGCCGUCUUCUGGCGCUCCAAGGGCGAGGUGUUCAAGGUGGACCCGGGAAACCUGGCCUUCUCCGUCACCCUCUUCACCAUCAUGGCGGUGUUGUGCGUGUGCACGCUGCUGUACCGGCGGCGGGCGUCAGUGGCCGGCGGCGAGCUGGGCGGACCGCGGACAUGCAAGAUGAUAACGUCGCUGCUGUUUGUCUCCAUGUGGCUGAUUUACAUCCUGCUGGCGUCGCUGGAUGCGUACUGCCAUAUACCGGGGUUAUAGGUGGAGAGGGGAGUGGGAGAGAACUGCUGCCAAUAGGAAGAAAGAGAGAGAGAGAGAGAGAGUGAGUGGUGGAGGAGUCUGUAGAUAGGUACGAAGGUAGAUGAGUCGUAGGGGCGGAUCGAUGUGGGCAAAGUUUGAAAACGUUUUCAGUGUAGAGUUUAUUCUUUGUAUUUAUUCAUUUGCUGAAAAGAUCGAGAUCAUCGCAAAACACUAAGAGUCUCAAACCAUAUCCAAACAUGAGUCGCAUUAGCAGCUCUUGAAAGAAAACCCGUCAUCUAUCCACUGAUGAAAAACCUCUAGAAUAAUAAACCCAAUAAAUUUACAUUUUUUAACAGAGAGAAUUAAUGAGAAAAUUGCAAUGCAGGUUUUAAAGAGCGUUUUUAUGUUGUCACCUCAAUCAUCCGUGAUGAUUGGUGGACAGCGCUGUUUAAUAUAAAUAAAAGGCUGAUAUUGUCCCAGUGUAGUGCCAAACCAGCAGGAGAGCAGAGGAGACGGACACCAAGGAGAGCCGUUGGCCGGCUUCUGAAGAAGAAGAAGGGUGAAAGAUAAAAGCCAAAAGUGAGAGAGCAGGCUCGAGGCAACUAAACCAGAGAAAAGUCUGGAUGAAGUCCACGAAGAGAUCAGAGAAAUACGAAAAUAAGAACAGAUGGGCAAAGCAUUCUAAAUCUCGCUCUCUCUCGGUUUUUCCGUCUCCACUUUCCCGGCCUCGCGAGUUUGGUGGAUCCUCCCAUGUACCCACUGAACUCUAUCUCAUACUACCAGUGAGUUAUUACUUUUAAGCCCCGUACCCCCAACUGUACACCUAAACACACACACACACGCACACACACUUUGGGGCCCUCAGGUGAAUCUCCUGUGGAAGACCAUUCACUAACUUGUGGGUGAAAAGGCAAGAUAAAAACAGACUAUUGGUGUUUUUUCCUUCUCUUCUUGAAUUCACUGUGCAAAAUAGUUGUUCCACCCAACAGCACAAACACACACACACACACACACACACACACACACUGUAUUCUGCAUUUCCUACAAACACUACUCCAUCCCUCCCUCUUGCCUUACUCUUAUCUCCCCUGUAGGAAUUGUCUUAAAGUUGUGAUAAUGAAAUGCUGUAGUCACUACCAACCAACCUUCUUUUUAAUUAAGCCAAUCCCAAGCCCCGCUCCUUUAAUGCCAAUGAAAAGCCUAAUUUCUCCUACAAAGACCUCCCCCCCUCCCCCCCCUUUUUUUCCCCCCCCAAACUUUGAUGGCGUCACGUGUUGAUGUUGUUAACAGUGCAAUUGUAAAAAAUACAAAAGACAUGACUGUAGAUUGGAGGGCUGGAGAUAAAUAACCUUCAAGGUGUUUGUAAGAUAGAAUGUAACAUGGAGGAUCAAGAUGUUGGAUCAGCACCCGGGAUGAAACUUCAAAAGUGUGACGAAGAAGCGAAAUGACUGUGUGAUAAGCAGCGAGUCAUAAGUCGCCCCCCCCCCCUAGUAAUAGUUGUCUUUUGUGCAAUGAAGGAACGCCGUGCACUACACUCUGUGAUGUACACUGUUUUACACUCGAUUGCAUUAAGUGGCGGGGAAACAGACGUUCACAGCUGAAACUGGAACCUGAUACUAAACGAUGUAACGCCAAGAGACAUCAAUGAACGGGACAAAAAUGGGACCAUUCAGAAAGAAGGAUUACGCCAGUUGUGACCUCGACAACCACAAAGAAGACGAUGGCGACUGCGGUGUUGAUGAAAAAUGAGAACUAUGACCGUAUACAGUGUUUCUAAUUGUUCAUGGUAAUAUAAAGAAACUUUUAUUGAUGUGUGUGAGAAAAACAUUGACAUUUAAUUUAUGUGAAGUCCCCCCCCCCCCCUUUUUGUAAGUGGAUGAAAAGAUAAUCCUUUUACCUCUGCAAAACCAUGCAAGAAUACAUUUAAAUAAAAUCCUUCACAAGGGAAAAGGCUGUAAGAUGGUGCACAUGAAAGCAGGGUUUCAGAGACAGAGAGAAGAAUCGAAUGCUUUGAGGGAAAUGUAUGGCAGCUUUGAAACGUCGCAGGACUGUUCUGCAGCAGCUGUAAUGUUGGGACGGUGCUUUGUACUCAAGAAAAAAAAAAAAAUCCUCUGCUAUCCAAAGAUCUGUCAGAAGAACACUGUCACAGACCACCAUUCAUUUUCAUGGUGCAGUUCGACCUUGCAGGCGCUGUACGAGUCCCGCCAGCUGCUCGAUGUAAAAGUACAACUUCAAAAUCUAAAUUUAUCAAGGUGUUUACACUGCGGAUAAAUGUGCUUAAGCAAGUGGUAAUUUCAAUGGAUAUGAGCCUGUGUCAUAAGCUGUGCAAAUGUGUUGUGUUUUUGUGAAAAGGUUUGUUGAUUCAGCCAUUGGGUGUGUGAAUGUGAAAGUAAGAUACCGGGAAUAGCUUCACAAGAAUAUUACGCCGCAGAUUAUAUGAAAUCUACCAUGCUGUUAUCUUUUGUAUAAACUCCACAUUCGCAUUAUGUGGAAAACGCAACACUGGGGCCGGAAUGGAUGUGGACAGGAAGGAUGGCGUAUGGUUAGUCGGUGCAGAUCAUUAUAUUAGACGUAUUUCUUUUAUUAACAACAUCGCGGAAGGCAAAAACUCGUAGGAACUCCAAGGAAAAUCCAGAGGAAAAACAAUAAUUUAGCUAUAUGUUAUAUUCUAGUUGACUAAAGGGAAAAUGGGGCUGAAAACAACAAUUUACCUGCCUUGUUUCUCUACCCACCGCUUUCAGCUCAAUGUAAAUGCAGGCUU